CCCGUAGAGCGCAAAACGUUUCACGCUGGCUAGGAAUCAUCGCGUCUAGACGUGUUUCGAAAGUUGGGCCGUGCGUGACUCUGUGAUAUCAAUAUGAGCGAAAACAGAAGAUCGGGAAUGCGUUUUUCCAAACAGGAAGACGCAGAGUUGAUCCGUCUGGUCGGCGAUAGUACAGUUCUUUACGACUGGCGAGAUCCCCAAUAUAGGAACAAUACGAAAAGAGAUAUGGAGUGGGAGAAAAUCGGAAGAAUUCUCAAUAGGACAGGAAUGGACUGCCAGAAACGCUGGAAAAGUAUAAGAGACCAUUACAAGAGGAAUAGAAGGGAGGAGAGAGAAUUACCAGAACAUGCUGCCAAAAAGAAGAGAGCUUUCUACUGGGACCUUUUGGGUUUCUUGGAUGUAGAAGCUUCAAAUGCAGAAAGUGAUUUAGAACCAGACGAAAGUUCCUUAGGUUUCAACGAAGUAAAUGCUGAUACUGAAACGCAACCAAAGACAGUAAAAUCCACCACUUACAGUGAUUUUAUGAUGGUCAAUGAUAAUUAUGAGGGAUUCCCUGGAAACGCCGAAACCCUACAACGUGAAGAUAAUGAAAUCGACAUGUUUUUCAAGACACUUGCGAUAACUCUGAAAAAAUUCCGUCCAGAUCUAGCAAUAAGAACGAAAGCUAGUAUAUUUAGAAUCGUAACGGAAAUGGAGCAACUCAAUCGGAAAUGCGCCUUCUCUGAUCUGUCAAGGGUCAAAAAUUGUAGCAAAACAGGUGCUUUUGGAUCGCUGCGGAAAAAGGCUUUUCAAACUGGACAAAACGAACCAGAGGCAGAGGUAAAAAUUGAAAUUGACGAAGGCAAUCUAGAUGAAAUAUCAGAAUUGGAAGCGUGUGCAGCCUCGGCCAAAUCUGAACCUAUUAUGGAAGAGGACCAGCCUAUGCAUGAUCUAGAAACUGCAGCAGGUUGCGACACAACUAGGGAUGCUCAAGAAGACGCUAGCAUCUACUUCGGCAAAUACAUAGCUGCUGAACUUCGUACCCUUCCAAUAACAACAAGGCUGGUUGUUCAGCAAGAAAUUCAGAAUUGUAUUACUACUGCAGUUUUCCGUAAUUUGACAAGUUCGAACGCUCCAGCAUCGACCGCAGUACGAAAUACAUCUGGUGGUCCAUCUAACUCCUAGGUUCUUCACAUAGUUUCACUGUAUAUAUUUAACUAGUUGAAAAUGUCGAUUAUGUUUUGCAACCCCUGAUUAGGAUUUAUUCAGAUGUAUUAUG